CCCGCGUGAACCAUCAAGCUCCGACUUUCGGAACCACCCAUCGCUACCCUCCUCGACCCCACAAAGUUGAACUCCCCCGAUCUCCCUCCCUCUCCACGAGUCAACUUACUCGACGCUACCACGCCUAUAUAUAAGCUACCGCUCCGCUCAAAUGGCCUCCACCUCUAGCAGAGAACGAUCAUGGCUCGGUUUGGGGCGGUAAUUCACCGCGUGUUUCUACCGCUGUUGCUGCUCCUUGUAGUUCUCGGUGCUUGCCAUGUCACGCCGGCGGCGGCGGCGGCGGGGGCGCGCCUCUCCGCGCUCGCGAAGGCGCUCGUCGUCGAGGCGUCGCCCCGUGCCGGCCAAGUCCUGCACGCCGGCGAGGACGCCAUCACCGUGACAUGGUCGCUGAACGCGACGGCGGCGGCGGCGGCGGCCGGGGCGGAUGCCGGCUACAAGGCGGUGAAGGUGACCCUGUGCUACGCGCCGGCGAGCCAGGUGGGCCGCGGGUGGCGCAAGGCCCACGACGACCUGAGCAAGGACAAGGCGUGUCAGUUCAAGAUCGCCCAGCAGCCGUACGACGGCGCCGGCAAGUUCGAGUACACGGUGGCACGCGACGUCCCGACGGCGUCGUACUACGUGCGCGCCUACGCGCUCGACGCGUCGGGGGCGCGGGUGGCCUAUGGCGAGACGGCGCCCUCGGCCAGCUUCGCCGUCGCGGGCAUCACCGGCGUCACCGCGUCCAUCGAGGUCGCCGCCGGCGUGCUCUCCGCGUUCUCCGUCGCCGCGCUCGCCGUCUUCCUCGUCCUCGAGAACAAGAAGAAGAACAAGUGAUUGUGGUUUGCUUGUGUUAGUAGUCUGUACAAUUGUAAUGUGUGACUGUGUACGACAGCACGGAGUGUGUCUACAGCGCCCAGCACACACACCUCCGUAUGUUCAACCUACAAAACCAACGGAAUAAUAGAUGGAUCUUUGAAAAACUCA